GGCUCCCUCGACCUCACUCCGUCACAGAAAGCGACCGGCGAGGGGGGGGGUUUCUCCGGUAGGAUCUGGGAUUCUGUCAAAGUACCUAUCGUAGAUCCCAGAAGGCCAACUGGUUGAAUGGUCAUUUGAAAAAAUGAUCUUAGAUGAUACAAGGAACACCUCCGAGGACAUUACAGAGGAGGUAUAUUCCUUAAGUCCAGAGUUCAGUGAAGCAAAAUCUGAGAACCUUUUAAUCUCCCCAGUCAAAAUUGCACAAGAUGAGUGGCAGAGCUCAACAGAAAGUGAGAACUCCACUGAGUGUAGUGAUGAAGAUCAGACUUUUACUGAAAGAAGCCAACCUGUUAUAAGAACUGUCACUGCUAGAAGGUCUUCUUCUCCUAUGCGACGAAUACAAAUAGGAAGGCCUGGGUCUCGGAGGUCUACUGCACCGACCAUUAAAAGCCUCAAUUACUUUCCCGCUAGGGAAAGAAUUACAUCCAUCAGAGAUUCUGAUGAUAACAACAGUGGAGAUGAAGAACCAGACAAGCCAGCAAAGAAGCCUGAGAAUAUAAUGAUUAGGAUGAGCAUCCAAGAGGCGAUUUGCCUUUUUGAAAGCAAACAGAAAGAUCAAAUUCUCGAUAUUCAGAAAAGGGGAACUUCAGGUGAAGUCUCUCUGAGUACCAAUAGAACUGUACUAAGAAGAUGGAGUGCUGGUAUGGGCGAUUCUCUGACUCCUCAGGAAAAUGCUUCUCAGUCCAUAUCUCAGAGCAACCACACCAAUUUGGUUCCUGAGGCAGGAAAUAACAAAUUGGCUGAUGUGAAGGUUGAGUCUGAUAUUCCUCCAUGCAGUUUGGAUGCAAUUGGAUCGGAUACUGCUCGGGUCUUUACGUCAACAAAGAUGGAGAUGAUGAUUACCCCAUCAAAGGAUAGUACUGCUGAGUUGGUAACAUCCAAAGCUGAAGAAAUUGAUGAUAUACCAGCUACAUCAGCUGAGGAGAGCAGGCAGAAAGAACCUAUGCUCAAUCAAAUGUCAAUGAAAAUGAUGGAGAGCAGUCCUGCCAAAUACCAAGGUCCUAAGGCUGGUUCUGGUGGAUCUCUGUCUAGCUUGAGUGAGCAGACAUGUGGUUUCUACAGUCAAUAUAAGGAGAAAAGGGAUAAGAAAAUUCGAGCAGAAAAUGCCAAGAAACAUUCAGAAAUUCAAGCACAACUUAAAGUGUUACAGGAAACCCUGAAACCAAGCAAAGCAGACACAGCCUUGAAAUAUGGAGUCACUACCAAAAAGCUUGACUGGUCCAGCAAUUCUCGACAACCCCGAAGAAAUUCAUCUCCACCAGUGUUACACAAGAAAGAAGUUUCAAAAACAGCAUCAUUAAAAAUGGCUUCACCAAAAUCAUCACCAUUGCCAACUACACGUCGUUCAUGGUCAUCAGGACCAUUGCAAAAAGCAAGUGGAGCUCAACCAGUUAGUAGUUCUCCUAGAGUGUCUACCGCUAAUACAACCCUGCGCCACUGGAAGUCCCAGCCUACUUCUACAACUCCACCCAGCCCCAUACCUGAAAGGUCAUUGCAUCAACCUAAAGGUAAGCGCGAAGCCAAAACCGAUGUUAAGACAACUGUUAGAAGUGAAGGAGCAAUGAAGCAGAAAACAGCUACAAUCACCAACAAAACUGUGAAAAAAAAAGUUCCAUCAGCUUCUGUAGAUGCUUCUGGUUCGCUGAUGGCAAAGACAGGUUUCAACAAUAAGGUCACGAAGAAGAAUAGUGUUGUUCCUUUGGAGGCCAAACCCUUCUUGAAGAAAGGCACUGGGUUUGAGGCCAGUGUUAGCCAUGUAAUAACCAAGUUUAGAGUUACUCAGUCUGUUGCUUCAUCAAACAGAAGUGACAUUACUAUUCAAGCCGAAGAAGAGGAGCCUACACUGGAGACAACUGAAUCAACUGCCAAGGUGCUGGAGGUUGAUCUUGCUGAACAAGCAAAUUAUGUUGAUACGAAUUCAGUUACUUCACUGGAUAACAAUUUAAAUAUUGAAAACACAGAAAAUGUAAAUCAAAGUUUAGCUGAGGUGGAUAACAGCCCCAAAAGCUCUGUAGAGCUUGUUGUUUCUGAGAUUCAACCUGAUGAGGAUAUGGGCAUCUCAUCAGCUGCAUGGGUGGAAGUAGAACAUCAGGAAGUUUCCACUGCAUAUGACACUGGCCUGUCCAAAGCCAAGGUCUCCACUGCACAUGAACCGACUCUUCUGUCAAGUCCUCAUUUCCGACAUCCAUUCAAUCAAAUGCUUCAAGCUGAUGGUACUGAACCAGUUAUUAUUGAAUGGGGGAAUGCUGAGAACCCUCCUGCAUUGAUCUAUCACAGAGUUGCUCGCAAGGGAUUGAAGAGGCUUUUGAUGUUUGCCCGUAAGAGUAAGGGAGAGGCGGACGUGACUGGUUUGGCGAGCCCAUCAGUAUUCUCAGGAGAGGAUAACACGGAAGAUUCCAAAGCUGUGAAUAAAAAGAAUUGGGAUGCAUCGAGAAAAACUGCUCUCCAUGCCAAGGGCUAUAGUCAGCAGAAAACCAUGCUUGGUGAAAGUUGUUGUGAUGGAAAUUUAAGCAAGGCGACAGUGGAUUAUCAUGGAGUUUAUGAUGUCUUGCCAGGUUCUGACAAAUUUCAGGAAGGUCAUGUUUCAUCAACAGCUACAUCAACAAAAGCAGCUAGGUCAUUCUUCUCUCUCUCAACAUUUAGGAGCAGCAGAUCAUAUGAGACAAGGCCUUGAUAGUUUGCAGAAUGACAAGUCAUAGUGCUGGUAAGUGGUAAGUUCCUUCCACUAGUGCCUGUAAGUGACUUGCCUUGACCAGGUAUAGAGAGUCCAGCACUGAUUUGUGGUAUGUAUGGUUCUCCACUUGUUCUUUUCCAGUUGUGUGUAUUUCCUUUUUGCCUUUUUGUGGGUAUUUCAUAUAAGGCGAGCAUUGACAUGAUAUAUAAUCGAUGUGACUGGUGUAGUGGCAUGCUGCAAUUAAAUCUUUCUUGUAUAUCUGGAUAUUUGAUGCUUUUCUUUUUACACUGCAUGUUCUUUCUCUCUUUUGUGGCUCUCCAGGUACAUAAUAUGAUGACUGCAUGAACAAUGUUCAUCAGAGAAUUAACUUGAUUUCAUGUAAGGCGAACAUUGACAAGUUCGAUAUUGAUGUAACAAAUGUGAUGAUAUCUCUGUCUUGUGCAUCUUGAUGUUUAAUGCUUUGUUUUCGUCUACUCUUUUUGUGGUUCUUCGGACAUCUAAUAUCAUGACCAUAUGAACAAUUUUCAGUAGAUUAACUUGAUAUAUAUGAGCUGAGGAUUGUUGCUAUCAGAAUUGAUGUUGACAAUGAAACCUAUUCUUGCAUAUGUGAUGUUUAAUGCUCUUUUUUCUUCAAUUACUAUUCUUUUGGUGGGUUCUUCGGGUAUGUAAUGUCAUGACCAUAUGAACAAUUCUCAUCAUCGUACUACAUGUAAUGACAUACUGCAACGGAGUCUAUCUUGUACAUCUAGAUAUGAUUCUUAUGAGGUGAGCAUUAAAAUUACAUAAUUGAUUUGAACAAUCAAUCUUGUAUAUUUAACUCCGAGCAUAUUGAUACGAACAGAUUUGGCCUGACUAAUGUAGUAAUAAAAUGCUGCGAUGGACUCUAUCUUCUAAUUUAGAUGUUUUAUCAGAUAAGUGAAAUUAAUUUACUGUCAUGUUCUUUGAGUUCUUAACAAUCUACUAUGAGAAGUCCUUUUUCAUAUUUAGACUGGAGAAGUUAUUGCAUUAGUCAACUUCAAAUAAUUAUGGUGACAAUAGUCAUUUGCUGGUGCCAAAAUAAGACGUAUAUCACCUAUAAUAUCCUUUGCUAGUAUAUGUGGCAUUAUCUAUUUUUGUUCUUUCUUGUAGGAUUAAUGCCAAUUGUGGAGAUGGUUUACAGAUUUCUCAUCUCCCACUAGACUUGUAUAUAUACACAUGAACACAUGCACUUUGUUAUAAUUUCUUAAAUUAGCUUGUUUGCUUUAAAUAUAUUGCUUCUAUGUGAGUUAGGCUAAUUAUUCUGAUGGUUGACUAUUUAUCCUUAUGGUUUAAAUUAGUGAAAUUUCCUAUAAUUAUUCUGUUGUUGGGACACGAGGUCAUAACACAUAAUCUAUUAUAGGUUUAUGUAUAAAUUAUAGAUUAUUUUUUUUGAAUUUAUUAAUUGAUGUUGAUGGUAUACUUUUAGUUUAUGUUUUUUGUAAAUUAAUGAGCAUGACAAUUUCUUCUAUCACCAAAUCAUAUUUUGUCAAUUAUGAAUUCAAAUUAAUCAAAUUAUGCUUAUACUUCAGAAUUUAACCAUCACGUUGAAUUUAUUAAUUGAUGUUGAUAGUAUAUUAUUAAUCUAUGUUUAUGUUUUUGUGUUUUUUCUUUUCUUUUUCAAAGGAUCAGUAGUUGACAUCUUUGUAUGCUGACCUGUAUGAACAACAGAAACAAAGCACUGGUCAUUAUUUGUCUAUUAGAUCUGCAAACCAAUAGACAAUUUGGGUUCGGCUGGCAUUCUAAUCAUCUUAUAUUAAGACCUU